CUGACAUUACGUAUUAUGCCAAGUCAUUCUUCAGGAUCUGUGUUGUCUCUGUUUUCAGCGUGCAGUGCCCUGGAGCUCAGGGAGGUGGCCAGCAGACUGCGGGACUGGUUCAAGGCCCUUCACGAGAGUGGAGGUCAGAACGCGGACAGCAGGGCGUCCCUGCGGCUGGAGCGAAGCAGUAAGGUUCCCAAGUCUGGCGUGUCGUUGUGUCUCGCGUGGGGCUCUGUCUCCAAUGAGUCACUUAGAUCAAACACAUACUUCAAACUUUAUUCUUUACUUAGAUGGUCAACAGAAAUCAGAACAUUGUUAUUAGUUCCAAGCACACCCGUAUCGUGUUUUGCAAAGAGAUACAGCAUUUGUGACAACUCUGAGUCGAAGGUAAGUUCCUCGGUUACGCCUCACACGCUGCCGCUGCCGCUGCCGCUGCCGCUGCCGCUGCCGCUCUGCGGGACACUGACCCUGGCGGGGCCCGUGGCUGGCGAGGUGAUCGCCCUCGGAGAGCGAGCGGCUGGCCAUGUGACUCUAGUUUUGGUAAUGUGGAACCCACACCGUCUUUGUUUAACUGUAACCCUUAAGGUCAUGUUUAAUGCUGUUGCAGACCCACCUUGCCAAACGGAGCUCAGCGGUCUUCAGAAGCGGCUCGGGGUGAAGAAGUUUCUGGGGCAGUACAUCCCCCAGUGUGACGAGGACGGUUACUACAAGCCCAGGCAGUGCCGCGGCGGCGCUGGGCCGUGCUUGUGUGUGGACAGAUACGGAAACGAGGUGGCGGGCGCAGACUGUGCUGUUGACUUUGAGACCUCGGGAGAUUUUGCAAGUGGAGACUUCAGAGAGUGGGCCGGUGACAUGGACGAGGAUGGUGUGACACGCGGUGAGGAUGAGAUUGGAGACGAUGAGGAGGAGGAGGGAGACGAUGACGAUGGCGGGGACCAGGACGGCUACGUGUGACCGGCGAGGUUGGAGCACAUUUCCGUCAUUUACACGGUGAUGCCUACAGAGAACUACCUUCUUGCCCAAAAGCAAAAUGAGUCUAAAAAUCACUUAUGUUUUGUAUAAUUAUUUCAGAUACCACAACUAAAAUCCUAGAGCUUUAUGUUUAAAUACAAGUCAUUUACUUUGAGUUGUAUCUGUCCUGGAGAAAAAGGACACGUACGGGGUCUCUCCUGACAGAAGAGGGAGGAGCUUGUGGUCUCGACAAACGUUAAU